GCUGCCACCGAACAGAGCGGGUGUGCGAAGUUUACGGCCCUAAGCUGUGGUGUUUUUUUGUGUCGUGUUUAUGACGCUGACUUGCUUGCUUAGAAGUCGUGGAAGGAAGUUUUAUAACUAUCAAAUUAUACCUAGUGUACGAGAUGUAAGCGUAGAGGAAAAUAUGAAAAGCAUUGCAAUAAUGCAUAUAGUUACUUCACUUGGCACAGUUCUUGCAAAAGCGAGAUGAAAUACUAAAUCUCAAUAAACGACAGAAGAACGACAUUACAGAGCUGGAAAAUAGAACCACGUAUUCUAACUAAGACUGGCUCGCCCGACGCUCAGGCCAAAGGGAAUAAGAAGACGUUGAUGUGAUGGCCGCGUGUGUGUUGCUUCUGACUGGGUAUUUCCUGAAGCGAAAGAAAGGUGCUGCGGAGGCCCUUCGACGCCCCGAGACAUUUGAAACGUAGGAAAUGCGCCCUUUGGAGAUUGACCCUUGCGUCUGGCAGGUACUGAUUUCUCUCUGUGAAUACCGGAGGAGGUAGGGCGCUGGGAUCCCGUUGCGCGCCGCCAUGGCCGAGCAUCCCGAGGCCCUGGGCACGUCUCUGCCCGAUGGGGUCGCCUCCCAGAGUCCCCGGCCUCUUGACGCGGACCAGAUCCUCCAGCGGUGCCGGGAGGAGGUCCAUUACCUGUACUACACCACCAACGACACCCGGAUACUCGACGACUUCACACUGUGCGAGGACUGCAACAUCACCAAUGAGGAACUCGAGAUCCUCGAACUGUCGGGAGUGUGCAGACCCUAUGACUUCUCAUACAUGCCGCUCAUUUACUACAUGUACGCGUCCAUAUUCGUGAUCGCACUGUUCGGCAAUCUGCUGGUGCUGUACACGGUGGUGACGAGUCGCAAGAUGCACACCGUCACCAAUUUCUUUAUCGCCAAUCUCGCCGUCGGGGACCUGCUCAUCAUGGUGUUCUGUGUUCCCUUCUCGGUCGCCUCCAUCAUCGUGCUGCAGUAUUGGCCCUUCGGAGAGGGUCUCUGCAUCUUCGUCAACUAUUGCCAGGCGAUUUCCAUCUUCGUGUCCGCCUACACUCUGGUGGCAAUCAGCGUGGAUCGUUACUUGGCGAUUAUCUAUCCACUGCGACCUCGGAUGACCCGCCUGCAGGCCAAGGUCAUUAUUGGUGCCGUGUGGCUGUUGGCGCUCCUCACCACGCUGCCCAUUGCUGUGUUCUCCCGUCUCCAUUCUCUUGAAAGGAGAAGCUACCAGUACUACGAGCGCGAGGUGUGCCUGGAGGACUGGCCCGGCGAGGCCCUCAAGCCCUACUACACUCUGGCGCUGAUGGUCCUCCAGUAUUUCCUCCCGCUGGUGGUCCUCAUCUUCACGUACUCCAGGAUCAUUUGCCAAGUGUGGGGACAGCCAGGAUCGCCGCACAAGCAUCAAAGAGCCAUGCAGAUGUGAAGCGACGUUCGCCCCGGAAUACAUACAAAGAAGAAGCACUGGAAAGUAAAAAGAUUAUAUUCAGUAUAAUAUUUACCUUUGUCUUCUCUUCUGAUACUGAGCGAAAUGUAGAGAAAUAUAACAAGAAAGAAAGAUAACAGGAACAUCAUGAGAAUAUUGAUAACUGGAAUUAUCUGGAUAAUAA